AUGUUCCGCUUCUUCCGCUGUCAGCAUAAAACCCUUGACGUAAUAACCCUCUUCCACAAACCCUCCCUCCCUGCCUCCAGCCGCGUCCUCGCCCUUCUCAAACAAGCCAAUGCCGCUGCCGCCGCAAACGCAACCAUCGACCAAGCAUCCGAAACCUCUCCCAGCCAACGCUCUGAGUUCGAGCUGGAUGUCACUGAGGAGCCCCCUACUCCGGAUCAGCUUAAAAAUAUCCUAGAUUACGUGGGUGCGGAUGUGGGAGGGGAUGUGGGAAGGGCCAGAGGCGGGGCGGCGAUGGCGAAACCGGGGGAUCUUGUACAGGGGGCGCAGGAUAGGUUGGAUGCAUUGAGGCGACUGAAAGAGGAUGGAGGGAGGUUUGUUAGGCCGGUUAUCGUCGAUUGGAGUAAUGGCACUGCCGUCAUUGGGGAAAAUAAAUCGGAGAUUCUAAAACUCGUCCGGGAAAUCCCUCCGGAUGUCUCACCGCAGUAG